AUGGGUUGGUUCGGUAGUUCUAAUACGAAUCCAGCUAAAUUAAGUCCAGUUACAGAACUAAAACAAGAUGAAUCAAAUAAACCACAAUUUUUAGAAGAUUUACCUCCAAAAUUUGAAGAUCAACCACCUCCAACUCAACAACAACAUCAACCAACUUUAAUAGAUGCUGCUAAAACUAUACAAAUUUCAGAUUUCACAGUAGAUAGAUUUAUUAAUAUGCCAUGUUUUAGAGAAGCUAUGAUAACUGGAUUUCAAGCAAUGGGUGUUUUAGGAGUAAUUACUUUUCUAAUACGUAAAAAUGUUAAAUCUUCAAUUAAUUGGGCAGUUGGUGGAUUUUUCUUGGGGAAUGUUGUUGGAUGGGAACAAUGUAGACUGAUGAGAAGAAGAUCACAUAUGAUGAUUGAACAAGCAAGAAUGGAAAAAGAAGAAAGACAUAGAAAGAAAUAUGAAGAAAUGAAUAAAACUGAUGAUAAUUUCAAACAAUUUGAAGAGUUCAAUAAGAGAUCAGAGUAA